UCGACCUCGGUUCAUUCGCUCAAUUUAUCAGCCGAGUCGUAUUUUACCCGUGUGGGGACCGCUGCAGAGGCCAUGGCUACGAAAGUGUUGGCCGAAGCUCUGGGCAGCAUGAAAGGCCGAAUUGGCUUCAACAAUAAACAAAUCCUUGGGCUUGGCGUUGUCAGAGAGCAAUUAGUAUCGCAGCUGCCGUGAAACGUCAUUAAUAAUCAGAUUGGAAGUAUUUAUAUACUAAUUCAACAUGAUGGUGAGAGGACCAACUAGAAAGAGAACCCGCAGAUUCAGCUGUGUUGAUCCAAUGAACCAGGAGGCGAGACAAGCUGUUGCCGUUGGUAACGUAAAACGCGUCAAAGAGCUUCUAUUGAUCGGGUUGUCUCCCAAUGAGGCUGACUGUAAUGGCUGGACUCUUCUUCAUCUUGCAUCAUCAAGAGGAAGGGAGAGGGUUCUCAGGGAACUCCUUGAACAUCAAGGCUCUCCAUGUGCUAGAGAUGGGAUAGGAGGAUUCACCUGUCUGCACUACGCAGCCAUGCAUGGAAGAACCCGUCUAGCUCAGCUUCUACUAGAAUACGACAAAGACAACAAGUAUGACCUGGUCAACUCACCCAGCUCCGAUGGCUGGACACCUCUCCAUGUAGCAGCUCACUACGGUAGGGAGUCCUUCGUCAGGAUGCUCCUGCAGCAAGGAGCGAGAGUGGACGCUCUGAGCACCAAGGGUACAAGCCCCCUGCAGCUUGCCAUCAUCAGGGAAAAGGUUCCCUGCGUCAAGCUGCUCUUGGCGUAUGCUUCAGACAUUGAUAUCCAGAGCGGUUUCCCUCUGAGGUAUACCAUCUUGAAAGGAAAUAUGUUUUUAGCCAGACUGCUCCUGCUGAACGGUGCUAGCCCUAACCUCGGUAGGUCUGAAGAUGGACAGACACCCUUACACCUAUCAGCGAUGAAAGACGAUACAGCUUGUUGUGUAUUGCUGUGUAGGUUUGGUGCUGAUAGCCAUGCUGUCAAUGAUGAUGGAAAGACUCCUCUUGAAAUGUACAAGUCUUUGAAUGAAGGAGACACCGGUGCUAGUUUGUCAGUUCUUACCGUGCCAUCAAGAACUCCUAGAACUCUUCAGGAUCAUUGUCGUUUGGUUAUCCGCCAUAGACUUGGUCAGAAAGGACUACACCAUAUCAAUCUCUUACCCAUUGCCAACAUUGUGAAAGACUAUGUGAGAUACAAAGACCAUUACUGAUGCCCGGGACAUUGCAAAGCAUUGUUGAAGACUUAAGAAGCUAUUGCCACCUGCCAUAUCAUCAUUUGUAUGACUAUUUAUUGGAAUGCAAUGUGGAACUGGACUGGACUGGACUUCCUGCUUCAGUUGCUAAUCAUUUGGUCUUGGGGAGGCCCUCAUAGGGUGGAUUGCGUAGGAAGAGGAUGAGAGUGGCUCUGAAGAAGAGGAAGAAGAAAAUUGGCUAUGAAGCCCAUUUGUGUGGUCUUCAAUGAUCAGGCCUUGACAUACAUGUAGUCCAGAUUCUGUCUUGUUUUUUUUUUUUUCCUUCUCAAUCACCUAUAUAGCGGUGCCUCCACUCAUCGCACCAUCCCCCAACUGUCGAGAAAAAGGAGAGGCAAGGACCGGUUCAGCGUUAAGGUUGUGUUAUUUUCUCAGUGGAUUGGGCGUGUGACACAGAAACAGUCGUGGCAGUUGAGUACUAGCCUUGACAGUGCUCAUGAACUUGGGAAUUCCAUGCUGAAUAACUGGUGUGCCAGGUGUGGAGAUGCAGCAUUCUUGAAAACCGGAGUUAUUUCCUAAAAAAAACGAUCCCAAAUGCUCGUUCAGAUAUGGCAAGGUUAACUGCCGCCAAAAGAAAGCCCCUCCACAGUCAUCUGUGUAAAUGAAGGGCAUCUGCAUGCAACAAAGGUCCCACAUGUAUUCACUAAGCUCUGUAUUAUAAGAUUAUAUCAAGUUUAUUAUAUGAAAUGUAUCACACUUCACGUCAUCAUAAUAAAACCCUCACGGUUUUGCCACGUCAUAGCUGAUCAAGCCUUUAGUAUGAUUGCUUGGACCCCCCCCCCCACAAAAAAAGUGCAUGUUUAAGCAAUAUUAUGCGUUUCAACAGAAUGUCCACAGACCUACUUAAGACUUAUAACUGACGAUUGAGAACAUAUGGCCUUCAACAGGCAUCCUAGGACAGCUAGCAUGAGAUAAAUCCAGCAAACGGAGAUAUUUGUAUAAUAUUGGGUGGCUUUGAGUGUGAUACAAGAAAAUAUUGCUUGAGCUAUGUCAAUAUUGAACGAAUCAGAAGAGUUCAAUAUUGUCAUAGCGAGAGCAAUAUAUUAUUGUAUCACACAAAAACAAAGCCAUAUAAUAUUAUUAUUAUCUAUAUCAAGCUGACUAGCGAAGU